AUGGACCCUGAGCAUCCAUCAUCAUCCGAAGCGCAGCAGCGCCCUAUUGUGCAUAGACUGGCCGUAGAACCUCUUCGCCGCCUAGCCCAGGCCUGUUGGAGCUGCGGACCCCAGCAUCUAGCGUACGAGUCGACGCUCCGAAACCAACCACAGCCACGGCAGCCCCAACUGGAAGCCGGUUCCUGUAGUGGUUUCGGAGCGGACGCGGCAGUGGUGACCGCCGCCGGCUGGGCCGGCACAGCUCCAGGGCAUGGACCCCGUCCGUCUGUACAGCCAACGGUCCAACCGCCGCAACCGCCGUUAACGAAGCAUGGGCUUGAUUCCCAGGGUCAGUGGCGCGUGGUUUUGGAUGUUCAGGGAGAGCUCCGGAACCGACCAGGAGCAGGAGGUGGAGGGUUUUCGGAGCGAGUGAAAAAGUGGUGCGAGUCACUGUGCGUUGGAACGAUUGCGGAGGUGCUAUGGAAAGACGUGCGCGUUGGAGAUGUGCUAGAGCCCAGUGCCGUACAGCCUCCUCCCCUGCGGAAUACUGCGAGGCAACUGCUGGCUGAUAGACCGCGGCCGAGGGAGAGCCCUUUUCGGCUUCCAAGCAGAGCUGACUGCCCUCAUCCCCGCUCCCGCCUCCUCAUGAUUCCCCUCUCCCUUGUCCCUGUUCAUGAAAAUAAUUUGCCAUCUACUUCUUGUCGCCCUGUCGUGAAAAUCAGGUACGAGACGGUCCUUACUGGAGUCCGCGGACUGGUGCUGUGCGAGGGCCCCAGCCGCAGCCUCCACUCCUUUGCAGGCGGCCUUCAGCUAGAGCUUCCACCGCCACAACCACCAGUGACGAUGGUGCUGACCCACGGGUCGGAGCCCCCUGGCGCCAUUGCGACCCGGCGGACGGGGCGGGAGGACAGGACGGCCGCUGCAGAGGAGCCGGCGGCGGCUGCGGCUGCGGCGGGAGGUGGUGGUGGUGGCGGCGGCGUAGGCUGCGGUGGUGGCGGUAGUGGCGGCACUGCCUCUGACGCCAUUACAUCGCCGCCGGCGCCUGUGCCUCUGGCGAUGGAUAACCUGUUGCUUCGGGGCUGCGUAUUAAAGAACUCUCCGUAUGUGUUCGGGCUUGCGAUUUACUGCGGGAACCAAACGCGGAUCCAGAUGAAUGCCGUACGCCCAUCCUUGAAGGCAGGUCUGGGAUGA